GCUGUGGUGAUGCGAUAAGCGGCUAUUCAUUUGCGUUAAGUGCUCUUCUUGUAGGUUCUAUACAAUGUAAGCUCGGUAUCCCGCAUGCUAAAUCGAGGCAAGUCUUUACAGUUGCUGAAGAUAUGAUAAGAACAGCAUCACAAGCAAGUAGUUUGGCACAAGUUAAGUCACAGGCUGGUUGGAUCCUCGUUGCUGCUGUCCUCAAACUUGAUGGAACUACUGUACAUAAUUGUAUAGGACGUCUUUUACCGUUGUGGAAAAGUUCGUUUCCACGAUCAACAAAGGAAGCAGAAGCUGAGAAAAAUCGUGGUGAUGCCUUUACGUGGUUAUGUACUCUUGAAGCUCGUGCUGGUGCUCUGACUUCAAUGGCGAUGUUCGUAGAAUACUGUCCUAAUCUAAUGACUGAUCAUACCAUCAGGACAAUUGUUCAAGCUGUGGAAUGUUCGCUGGUCACCAUUUCACAUGUAUCUGCACUUAUCAGAAGUUUUGGAACUAAGUUACGUGCCUUGAUGACAUUUGUACGUAUUCGAAUAUAUCAGUUGCUUAGCCAUAUAUCUCCGAAGUAUUACGAACAAAUAUAUGCUUCGUUGUUGCGUGAAUUAGCUGCAGACCUAACUCUUUCGGAUAAUGGGCAAUCAACUGCUACUACAUCCAUGUUGCCAUCACUUUGUCCAGGCGUAGAUAAGUCGUUACUCGGUGCUUGGCUUACUAACACAGACCAGGCUUUUAUUGAACUUGAGAUGCAUCCGUCACAAAACUUGGUUUGUGGUACCAUCAAUAAUGAUCCUCUUUGUAUCGUAAAAGUUACAGUCGAUGAUGCGCUGUGGUGGCCUGAGCCAUUUUGUCAUACUGUAAUAGUGAUAAAUGCAGCGAUAAAUAUGUAUGGUCGAAUAUAUCCAUUUGUGCCAGCGAAAUAUCAGCUACAAAUGGCCGAACACUUUGCUAAAUGUGUCAAGGGAACCAAAAAUAUAGUGCGACAACAAUCAAUACAGAAGAAUGUUUUUAGCUGUCUGCUUGUUUCAUUCAAAACUGUUUCGGAACAAAAAGGUCUGCGUUUGGAAGGCCAGGCUGUACAAAAAGCCUACAUCGAUUUAAUCAUUCCAUGUCUCUCACAUGCAAAUCCCCUAAUAAGGUGUGCAGCAGCAGAAACAUUAGGUCGUUUAGCACAAGCCGUUGGUGAUGCUCAGUUUGUGGCGAGUAUGGCGCAGUAUAGUUUCGAUAAAUUAAAAAGUUGUCGCGAUGCCAAUAACAGGGCGGGUUAUGCUUUGGCUCUUGGAUCACUGCAUCGUUACGUGGGAUCUCUGGGCAGUGGUCAGCACUUGAAUAUUAGUGUUUCAAUCCUGUUGGCCUUGGCACAAGAUGCUACUUCGUCUUUGGUACAGUCAUGGUCACUAAUUGCAUUGGGUUUGAUCGCUGAUACUGGUGGUGGAAUGUUCCGUGGUUAUGUCGAGCCAAGCUUAAAUCUCUGCUUGAAGUUGUUGCUGGAUACACCACUUGCAAAUGUUGAUGUAAUACAAUGUACUGGGAAAUUUGUAUCUGCGCUGAUCAACACAAUGGGACCAGAAUUACAGCUUGUUGGUGCUGUGGAAGGAACGAGAACAUCAUUCUUGAUAGCAAGUGUUAUAAUGUUGAAUAACAGUGAUCCUCUGGUUCAAGCAGAAGCUAUAUCUUGUUUACAACAACUUCAUCUUUUCGCAUCCCGACAUGUGCAUCUUGACCGGCUGGUUGUUCAACUUUGUAAACUAUUGUCAAGUCCACAUUUGAUCUUGCGAAAAGUAUCUGUUUGUUGCCUGAGACAGCUUGUUCAACGUGAAGCUAAAGAAGUGCGUGAGCAUGCUCAAACUCUUGUACCACAGGGAAUCAUGAAUAAUAUGGGACGGAAUAAUGUGGAAUCAGGGUUACCAGAAACUGGUUUAGAGGGCGCUCUUCUGGCUUUGCUCGACGUUGAAACAGAUGUGAAACUCAAGCAAGAUAUUAAAGAAACUUUGAUUUCGCUUGUGCAAGCAACAAGCAGUGUUUUUUUAAGCUACUGGUUAUCUUUGUGUAAAGAUAUUUUGGCAUCGUCCAUGGGUGCUGAUAUGCGAAGCAUCAUACAAGUUGAAGAGAAAGGCCUCGGUAACACCAAGGAUGAGGAAGAUGAGCAUGAGAACAUCGAUGACGACGUAACGCUGCAAUCAGUAACUGUUGUGAGCCGGGAGGAGAGAAUGAAAGUGAUGCCACGCUGGCCGAGUCGCGUAUUUGCUACGGAACUUGUGCAAAAGGUGAUGUCUGUCUGCGAGACUGAACGAGCACAUUUUGACCUUGCUCUUGCUAAAGAACUCCAGAUUUCUUCUGGUGGUCGAGCAGAUUACUUGGUUCUUCAUUUGUCCGAUUUAAUACGGAUGUCAUUUAUGGGGGCAACUAGUGAUAACACCAAUUUGCGUCUUGCUGGGUUGGCUUGCUUGCAAGAUGUAAUCACUCGGUUCUCAUCAGUUCCAGAACCUGAAUUUCCCGGUCAUGUCAUUCUUGAGCAAUUUCAAGCACAGGUAGGUGCAGCUUUGCGACCAGCAUUUACAGCUGAUACUCCUAGUGAUGUUACUGCUGCUGCCUGUCAAGUAUGCAGCACUUGGAUCGGCAGUGGUGUUGCUCAGGAUUUAAAUGAUUUGCGGCGGGUGCAUCAACUUCUGGUUUCAUCCCUUGGGAAACUGACCCAUGGUUCAAUCAAUACACAGCUUUAUAGCGAAAGUGCCGCAACUUUAGAAAAGCUGGCAAUUCUAAAAGCUUGGGCAGAAGUUUACAUUGUUGCUGUUGAACAGAAAAAACAGAAAAAAGUUAUGGACUCUACUGCAGUGAAAAAUGAAGGGAAAUGCAGCUAUUUGCAAGAAAGUUUGCUGAGCUUGGUUUCUCCUGAGCUCAACUCGCUGAUUAAUUGCUGGUUAGCAGCCUUACGUGAUUCUGCUCUUCUUUCACUUCCACCUGAAUUCAAGCCCCAAUUACCACGUGAAGGUGGAACGUAUUAUACUGCUGAAUGUGCAGAUUUUUGCAAGGAAUAUUAUCGAGUCAGUUGGCCUCCAAUAUUGCUGGCUGCCUGCACAUGGUUGAGGCAAAAUGAUUUCGAACUUCAACUGAAUUCCGAUGAUUUAGAGAGUAGCACGUCAGAUAAGGCGAGGGAAACUCAUUUCCACAUAAUGCUGGGAAUAUGCAUUGAAACUCUUUGUUCAAAUCGUACACAUUCUGUGGAAGAUUUGACCGUUCAGCUUUGUCUGAGAUCACUGAGGAAUCUUUUGGCCUGCAAUUGGUCACGAAAAGUUCUGAUGAGGAAUGUUCAAUUACCAAUAGAAGUGGUAAAUGUGCUUUACAGGCUUAUUUUAACCCGGGAAAAUUUACGGACUCAGCAGCUUUGUGCAGACGUAGUAAUGACAGUUCUUGAUGCUGCGCAGUAUUCGAUAGAUCUUCGUGAUAACGACAAAGAUAUUGAAAAUGACAUUUUGGAACAGCAGAAAAAUACUACUAAGGAGCGUUACAAAGGAGCGGAAGGAACGAUUAAUGGUCUACAACCUGUCAAUUCUUUGGCAUUUGCUGUUCUAGAAAUCACUCUCUGCAUUUUGGUUAGGCAGAUUCCUCAAAUUAACUCAGCAUUAAUGAAAAGUAAAUCAACAACCCCACUUCAUUAUCGGCGGUAUUCUCGCCUUCCCAUUGAAUCGAACAAUCUUAUAAAAAUGGGUCUCAAUAUUCUUACCCGUAUUCCAGUGCUUUGCUCACCUGAUGGUGUUGUUGUGGUUCUUCCAAGUAUUCUAUGCCUGAUUUUAGGAGUUUUGCAUGAAUCUUCUCUCAUUGACAAGGAGCAGUUAGUUCCUAAUGUUCCAUUUGGACAUGUAUCUAUUGCUGCAGCUACAGCCAUGCAGGUAUUGAAAGCUUUACUAAUUACGGCUCCAAAUGAUUCAUCAUUUUCGAAAUGGAUGUCAGUAAUGAAAAGUGCCUUAAUUUCACUACUUAAUAUGGCCGAAGACUCAAAAGUUGAUGGUGCAGUGAUAAUGUUGGCAGUUGCAGUAUUCGUCACUUCAUCACCACCUCAAUUAGUUACGGGCAACACCAGUCUUCUGAGAAGAAUAUGCAAGUUAUUCCAAACAUAUUUGGAAAGUGAACAUAAGCAGGUAGUGGUUAAGUGCAUGCAGAGUCUGACUUCCAUUUUUGGCCGACGCGAAAUAUGUUAUCCAUUUGUCGCAGAACUUGUUCCUAAAAUACUGAAUAGAAUUCGACCCUUUGUGACAAGUGUUUCGCAGGGAGUUGCAGAAAUUCCGGAAUCUGAAGACGUGAUCAUUGUCCAAGAAGCAAUACGCAUUUUAGAGGUUGCUCUUUCGGUCGCUGAUCAAAAGAAACAACUGGCAAUUAUAAAUCUUAUUGUCCAGUUGUUGGGUGUGUUUUUAUGUGAUAAUCCAAUUACGUGCUAUCGACAGCUGCCACCAUCUGCACGUAAACUGCAUGAUUAUGCACUUAAUAGGUUAAAUAUAGUAGGUCCUUCUCAUCCAGAACAAUUCAAGGAAAUAUUAUUAUCCUUCCCAGCGCUCAAAUCAAAGAUUGAUGAAUCCAUACGGCAUCACAGCAGUCGUACUAUACAGCAAAUACAGCGCGUAGCUGGUCCGAAGUGCGAACAAAUACCACCACCAGCCGUUCCAAAACCGGCAGCUAUAAAAUUGAAAGUGGAUUUCAGAGCUUUCAGUCCUGCCAAUUAAAUAUCACAGGUUUCAAAAUGAUUCACUUAAAAGUGAUGGACACAUAUGCUCAGUUAUCAAGAUAAUGGCUUUGGCAUCGUAGUUUUCAUCCCUGACAGACUUUUUUCUUUUGCAAGACUGCUAGCCUAAGUUGCAGCAGUGUUAUUUGUAUUAUCAAAGAAAGCUUACCAAGAAAACGUGGGACGCUAAUGACAAGCAUUCUCGCAUUUUUGAAAGUUCCUGUUUGUAUGUAUUUAUUUUUUACUCGUCAAGACAAAUACCGCUCAUUACUCCCGUAUUUUAUAACAAUUUAAAUUUAAAGCAGAUAUUGACGUCCGUUAAAGAAAUCCUUUCGGUUGUUACAAAAACGGACGGACUUUCUCUAACUGGAACGUAACGACCCUUUUUUAGGGUAUGAUGCAUAGAAAUGAAGGACACUUAUCAUGAUAUCAUCAGCUCCUACUUUUGUCAUUUCUCGUUGAGUAUCCAAUUAAGA